GAUAAGAACUAAAGAAGAAAAUUCGGAAGUGGAACUGGUUCGUGAAAGCCGUUCUUUAUUAUUAUGUGGAUGAAGACAUACUGCUUUGGUGCAAAAUUGUCCUUCCAUUGAAAAAUGUCUAAUCUGCAGUCGUUUCGCGUGUUCUUACAUAGGCGCUUAAUUGAGGCUGCUGCGGAGAUUUUGGGGGCAGUUGAGAAAACGAUAGAGGAUUACCAGCUUGAGAAUGGUCGGCUACGAAGAAUGCUGCAGAUCAAACCGGAGAUUGAACAAUGUCAAAUAGAACCCCUGCAGUUUUCUGAAGAGGAGGUUCCCCCUGAGCAGAAACAAUGUGAGCAGGAGUGGAACCCCAGUCUACAGCAGGAGGACCCACAGCCCAGACAGAUUAAAGAGGAACAGGAGGAACUCGGAACCAGUCAGGAGGAAGAGCCGCUUCAAGGCCUCUUUGAUAACAAAGACUCCAUAUUGACUCCUCUCUGUGUGAAGAGUGAAUGUGAUCAGGAAGACCCACCUUCCAGAGAAACACCAGCUGAAUAUCCAUCUGUCAGUGGACUGAAAAUGUCUAAACUCCAGUCGUUUCAUCUGUUUCUAAAUGAGCGUUUGAUGGUGUCGGCAGCUGUGGAGAUUUUCAGGGCAGUUGAGAAAACUGUGUCAGAGUACCAGGAAGAGAAUGAUCAUCUCCGGAGACUGAUACAACUCACCCCAGAGAUACAGUCAUGUACAAUAGGCACCCUGAAGGUCUCUGUCUCUGAAGAGUUUUCACCUGAGCAGAAACACUCUGAGCAGGAGUGGAGCCCCAGUUUGGGGGAGGAGGACCCAGAGCCCACACAGAUUAAAGAGGAACAGGAGGAGGAAGAACAGCAUCCAGGGCUCUUUGUCACUAAAGACUCCAUAUUGACUCCUCUCUGUGUGAAAAGUGAAUGUGAUCAGGAGAACCCGCUUGUGGAGAACAGAGAGACUGACUUUCCAUUGUGGUCCUCAACACUUCCCUGCCCUUUUUGUGGUAAGGUGUUCAAAUUCAAAGGGAAUCUGUCCAAGCAUAUGAGAAUUCACACAGGAGAGAAGCCCUUUAGCUGUGGUGAAUGUGGGAAAAGCUUCAGUUUAAAGGAAAAUUUAACUAGGCACAAACUGACUCACAGAGAGAAACUAUUUACCUGUGUUGACUGUGGCUUAAGCUUUGUUCAUAAAGAAGACCUAAAAGGGCAUAAACUGACUCACACAGAAGGUAAAUCAUUUAAAUGUGGUGACUGUGGAAAAAGCUACAGUACAAAGAAGAUCUUAUCCAGACAUCAGCUGACUCACACAGGAGAGAAACCUUUUAGAUGUGGUGACUGUGGGAAAAGUUUCAGUCACAAAGGGGACCUAAAAAGGCACAUGCAAACACACACAGGGGAGAAACCUUUUAGCUGUGCAGACUGUGGGAAAAGUUUCAGUUCAGAGGCAUACCUUAACAGGCAUAUGCAGACACACACAGGAGAGAAACCAUUUAGCUGUGAUGACUGUGGGAAAAGCUUUAAAUGGAAAAUUGUACUAGAAAGGCAUAAGAGGACUCACACUGGAGAGAAACCAUUUAUCUGUGGUGAAUGUGGAAAAAGCUUCAGUUGCAAGGCAAUCUUAACUGUGCAUACACGUACUCACACAGGAGAAAAACCAUUCAGCUGUGUUGACUGUGAGAAAAGCUUCAGUCAGAAAGUGGAUUUAAAUAGGCAUAUACAGACACACACUGGGGAGAAACCAUUUAACUGUGUUGACUGUGGGAAGAAAUUCAGUUUUGAGGUGUCCUUAAGGAGACAUAAACUGAUUCACACAGGAGAGAAGCCCUUUAGCUGUGGUGAUUGUGGGAAAACAUUCAGUCUCAAGAAGCACCUGAACAGGCAUGAGCUGGCUCACACAGGAGAGAAAUCAUUAAGUAAUGAAGAAAUCACAAUUAAAACUUAAUCGCUCCCAUACUGACUCUCAGUGGAAUCAAGAAAAACAUCCACAGGGAAGGAAAACAUUGCAAGAAACAUCAAUGGAACAUAAGGUCUAAGAGAUUUCCAAAGAAGUUGUAGAUAAAAAAACAACAACUCUGGAUUAUUGAUACUGUGGGUUCAGAAAAGGAAAUGGAUCUAUGAUGAAUUGACCAGGUGUUAUGUGGAGUUGGGACAGUAAUGUAAUGUAUUUUGACACUCACACAACUCCAUUCAUACCCUAGUGGCCAGAGUUUGAAAGGGAUACAUAUAAGUAUGGAUAUUUUAUUUUAGUUUGUUUUACAUUCAAUGAUACAUUUAGUUUAAUCUGCAUUAUUUCAUCCAUCUAACUCACUGAAUAUAGAACCUGGAAGAAUGGCCACUGGAAUACAUUUUUGUUUUAUG